AUGCCGCGUCUCGAGCUCCAAGCGUCGCUGUACGGGCACAAAGGCGCCGUCUGGUCGGUCGCGUGGUCUCCGCGGGGGCUGCUAGCCUCCUGCGGCGCGGACAAGACCGUGCGCGUGUGGCACCGCGCCGAGGGCGGCGCGUGGCGUAGUGUCGCCGUCUUCGGCGACGCCACCUUCGUCCGCGCAGUCAGAGACCUGUCGUGGGCCUCCGACGGCCGCUCGCUGGCGUGCGCCAGCUUCGACGCUUCGGCCUUCGUGCUCGAGCUCAUGGGCGGGAAGACCCCGCACUUGGAGGCCGCCGUGUCGCUCGAGGGGCAUGACAGCGAGGUCAAGAGCGUCGCGUACAGCUCCUCCGGCGCCUUGCUGGCCUCUUGUUCGAGGGAUAAGAGCGUGUGGGUUUGGGAGGUCGGCCUGGACUUUGACUAUGAGUGCAUCGCCGUGCUGAAUGGACACGCCGCAGAUGUCAAAAUGGUCGCGUGGCAUCCGACUGUGGAGAUGCUCGUGUCGACUAGCUUUGACGGCACCGUGCGUGUGUGGGUCGAGGACGAGGACGAUUGGUUUUGCGCAGAGACCCUCGCGGGGCACAAUGGUACCGUCUGGGCGGCCGCGUUUGGUGAGGGCGGAACAGGUUUGGCCACAGUUGCGGCGGAUGGCGGGCUCGCCAUAUGGAGCAGGGAGAAUCCCCCAGCUAAUCUUGCCGGAGCGAAUCCUGCUUUUCAGGUCGUCGCUCGCUACCCCAAGCUGCAUGCAGGUCCGAUAUACUCGGUUGAUUGGAAUAAGAGUAACUCUUUACUAGCGACGGGAGGUGGCGAUGAUUGCAUUCGCAUCAUUCAAUGUACAGAGAUUUCCUCACCAAAUGCACCUUCGGAAACUUCCAAAACGAAGGAGGAGUCAACGGCUAACGGCAGCGUUCCAGAACAAUCUGCGAUCACAUCGAAUCUGAAAAAGCGGUGCGAGGUCAUGGCAACAGAAAUGCGAGCCCAUUCCGGUGACGUGAAUCGCGUUGCGUGGAAUCCAAUUGAUCAGGACAUUUUAGCCUCUUCCGGUGAUGAUGGACUCGUGAAGAUUUGGAAAUAUUGCUCCGAUGUUGACAAGAAGGCCAACGGAACAUAGAACUAUCUCUGAUCUGCAAUUCUUGAUAGAUGAGCUGCUAUACCGCCUCUCCCGAACGUUCCGUUGACAUAUCAAGACUGCAACGACAAGAGCCCGCUAGCUAAGAUCCUUGUUUUGUCUCGGAGGCCGGCAGCUCAAGAUUGUACAUGGACAUUUUCUCAACUUGCCAAGCAUUUUCACUGGCGAGGUUGUCCUCGUCUACAUCUGGUUGAGCCGUCGGAUCCCAAAAUGCAGGACGCCGGAGGUCCACUAUCCAAAAAUCGCCGUCCGCGAAUGAACGGGGGUCCAACGUUUGAUCCACAGCGUCGAAUAUCUUGGAAGGACUCGGUACUCGUUGCAUUUUUGGCGGAACAACUGCUAAGAUGUAGUCGAGAUUGGGAAUAGUGUGACGUUUAAGGGUGAUCAGGGACCGAACUGUGCGAAGAAAGGCCAAAGAUUUUGAAGAUGAGCCUUCGUUUGGGAGUUGACUGCUGCAAAGGACAAUGGCAGAUUUGUUACGCGGUUUUCUGUAGCGACGUGGGGGGGACAUUUUGGAAUACAGCGUGUUCCUCCAUGAGGGAGGGAGCUGCCAGACAGGCUUAUCCGUCAGACCAUCUGCGUAGCGUCGAUGGACGACAAGGAGAUCACUGGCAAUCUCCACGGGACCCGUGAUCGCGUUUAGUGAAGUGGGAGUCAAGCUCAGCGUGUUGUUCGCUUCCCAGAUGGCCCCAGCUUCAUGGAGACCGGGAACGUAAGCAACGCGGGGACAAAUGUUUUCCAGUUCAGCCAGCGUGACGGAGUCGUUGCCCAACUCGGCAAGGUCGAUAUGUCGGACGUCGGUGCGCUUGUGUUCUCGCGAAACGCCGAUUACCAGAACAAGAUCGAUGGAAAACGCGAAGCCGUUCUCCGCCAACCAUUGCGAUAGGUGUGCGAUUCUCUGCGAAACGGCUUGCAGAUCAGACAGAACAAGAAUGCGUAGUGGGGAGGCCGGUCGAGAGGGGUCUUCCUCAUGUACGGAGAUAAAGGGUGAGGAUGUUCGUAUUUCAUCCGUCAUGACUCGCUGACACCGGAAUAUCUAUCUUUUUGCGUUGGCCCGACACUGCUAUGACAUGCGGCAUUUGUACUUGAUGUGACUUCGCAGGAGAACAGUUGUGCUUUUUGGCCAGAAGUCGUUGCAGAGAUGCGGGAAAUAGUGCAAGGUAAGCAGAGUAAAAACACUACCGCGAUGCUGCAUGAAUCGGUCACGUUUCUCGCCUCAACGCGAGUAGCAACUUUGGAAGUA